AUGAUUUCCAUACACAUGGCUGAAAUUAACAAAAUUUCAGAGAGCGGUGAGGACGACAACGUGUUCUUGUUCCUCAAUGAGAAUGCUGUCGAAGAACGACACGGGUUGCGAGUGUCGAGAGUUGUACGAGUGUGUAAAUGUAUUAAUGAUGAAAUGCGAGCCAGUGGUGUGAGGACUUCUCAUGACCUCCCAGAUGCAACUCUGCUGUUUGUGAUGAACCACCCUCUGAUGGAGCAAGUUGUGACACCGAUCACUGGGAAGCCCCUGCUGGUCCGGUCUACGGCCCAGUUCUCCAGAAUUGUUGUUGACAAAGUAACCUCUCUGGAUGGAGAGCAGCACAACGUCAUGUUUAUUAGCAACAACUCUGGUUGGCUGCAGAAGGCGGUGUGGUCUGGUGAUGAUGGAGGGCGAAUCAUUGAGGAGUUGCAGCUGUUUAAGAAUCCUCAGCCCAUUCGCUUCCUUCAGCUCUCUAGAAGAGGUCAGCUGUACAGCGCAACUAGAACUGCUGUUGCUCAGCUCAGUGUGAGGGACUGCAGCCGCUACACAUCCUGUGCUGACUGCCUUAUAGCCAGAGAUCCAUACUGUGGCUGGGACCACCUCAAAGGCCUGUGUGCUGCUGUUGCUGGUGCUUCAAAAUUUUCCAUGAUCCAGAACCUCAUUGAUGGUGGUGUUAGAAUUUGCCCAAGCUCUCAUUGCAAUGUCAAAGCAGAUUACCGACAUCCACCUCACAGCUGACGUCGCACAGUUCCUCCCCUGCUCCCCUGAUACCAAUCUCCCCAUGAGAUGGCGCUUCUCUGGUAAAAUCCUUGAGCCCGGUCCCCGACACAUUCUGCUCAGCCAGGGACUCGUUUUAACACCUUCCUUCACUGAUGAAGGCCUUUACACCUGUGAGACAGUGGAAGUAGUUAAAGGCAGAGAGCACAAGAAGGCGGUGAACCAGUACAACGUUAAAGUUUCAGAGGGUGGGGGAUCCUAUAUUCAUAUUAUAGUUAUCUCUGUUUUAGCUGUUUUUUGUGUCCUGUGUCUAAUGUUCAUCAUGUACACACGGUGUAAAUAGAAUUCUCGAACCCAUGUCAGUGUUGUCAGCUGGCAGUAUUAAGAUUGGGGGUAACAGUGGCACUGGGGAAGCCGUAGCAACCAAAGUGGAAGAGAGUGAUGCCAAAACACAAAAUAUAUAGUUUGAUAACAGAACAAUCCACUUCUGUUUAACUUUGUGCAGCACUGCAGGCAACUCAAUGCAAAAA